AUGCUAAACAAUGCCGACAUCCUGUCGAACAUUCCACCGCUCGGUGGUAAGGAGGGGGCGGCCGGCCCGCACCGCGAGGUGGUGGCCCGGUGGCGCGUCCCCAUGUACGGCAAGGUGUACGAGAUCGAGUUCGAGCACGGUACGGCCAGCGGCAAGCGGGUGCUGUGGAUCGACAAGCAGGAAGUGUUCCGGCGCGACUGGAUGUUCAAGCUGGUCGGCGAGGACAUGUUCAAGCUGGAGGACAAGCGGUGCAUCAUACGGGUCGACCCGAUGCCGGGAUUCCGGUACAGCUACUCCCUGUUCGUGGACGGCAAAUCGUACGAGCAGUUCACGGAGAGCCAAGCGAAAGCGCUCAAAACGUGGGAAGCGAAGCUGGGCGAUAACUUCUACCGGAUUGUGCUUGAAAAAAAUACACUCAACAUCUACGUGAACGGGAAGCUUAUCGAAGAGAACGGAGAAUUCGUUGACGGCGGAACUGACACAACGUUCCUGGAGGAUGGCAACACGUUCGUGCUGAGUGCGCGAACCAGCGGCAACAAGCGGGAAGGCAUCGUUCACCGACUGACAGUGAACGGUGCCGAAGUGUUCGAUGCUGGUGGGACGACUACGGUACCGUAAGCGGUAGCCGAACAAAGCAGGCGAGAGCUUUCGGACGUUUUCACAACCAUCGAUCGAUCGCGCUGCCCCCGGCAUAGAAGAUUGAUUUUAUAAUUUUUUAUUUGAAAUAGUUUCAAUUUCAGCGAUCCUUGUGUUUGUUGCUGUUCUUUUGUUUUGUUUUGUUUUUUUUUUGUUCUUUUAAGUUUAAUUUUUAUUCCCUCGAUACUGCCUGUUUCUCCGCUCCUGUGUUAUUAGUGUGUGUGUUUCAGUUAUAAGUUAAUCGUAUUUUUUGGGCUAAACAGGGUAUGUUUUAAUGAAAGAAAAACAAACACACACAAUCUCAUUCAGGGGAAGUUGAGAUAAGAACGGGAAAAAAGAAGAUGGUUUGGAUCAAAGAUGGUUGGAUAAAAAGAAAUACAGAAAAAAACACAAAAAUUGCUGCUAUAAAAAAAAGAAACACACAGUAAACUAUUUACCCUAAGUGCGCAAAAAGCAAAAAUACUAUUAAAUACAUCAUGUAUGUCGGAUACUGAAUCGGUUGUGUAGCUUUUUAUAUGUAAUAUAAUAUGUAUGCAUAUCGUUGCUAGUAAUAAAAGUAACUUAUUAUAAACUAAACUUUGAAGAAGAACA